UGCAUUUCCAGUUAAAACUCUACUGAAGAGGCAGACAGACAGGGAGUCUAUGACGGCGGGGUUUCAACCUGAUGGCAUCGGGAAAUAUUUUACCCCAAAAGAAGUGUUUUGUUUUAAAUGGGGGGAAAAAUCAGGUGGAUGCUAUGUUUUCCAUCUCUUGGGCAACUGUCAUUUUAAGCUGAAGUCUCAACACGAUGCUCCCUCAUUAGUUCCAAAUGAAAGUUCAUUACCUAGACAGUAUGAAUAUUUUAUUGCUUUAUAUCCCUUUUUCGGAAAUGAAACGCCUUUGAUCUUUUUCUCGGGUUGUAAAAAGAAUUGCCUGUCAUUAAAGAAAAACCUGUCGUCCCAUCUGCCUUUACAGUCUGUAUUGCUUUUCAUCCGUUUCUUUCUUUUUAUCAUUUCCUUUAAAAAAACAAAAAUACAAAAAACAGCAACCCUUGAAUGACCUAGAGAAAUUCAGAGCAAAAACGUGCCGAAAUAUUUCUUCUCUGUGAAGCCAGGAUGAUAAUGACGCGCACAAGUCCGAGGGAGAAUGAAAUAAUAACAGGUUUUCUUUCAAACAAGGACUGUUUGGGUCAUUUGAUGUUGGGGUUUUUUUGUUGGUGGUGGUGUUAUAUUAUUAAAGGAUAUUAUCGAGGACUGAUGUUCUUGGAAGGAAAUGCUAACCUAAUGUUCAAAGUGAGAACGAAUAGGUACUGUGUUAUUGAUGUAGUCAGAUAAUUGCAAGUGGGUGUGUUUAAUUAUUGGUGUGUCCUCUGGAAAGCGAAACUUUUAACCAUAUUUAUCUAUAGAUUAAUAUCGUUAUUAUUACUGUGAAAUAGAAGAUCUCUGACCAAGGAAGAUGCAUCUGUCUUCUAUAUGUACCCUGUAGAUCCGAAUUUGUGUAAAGGAAGUUGCGUCACAAAUUCGUAUCUAGGGGAAUAUGUAGUUGACACAAACACUACAGGUCACUAUCCCAGAAGGAAAACACCAAAUUAAAUAAAAGGAUGAAAAGAAGCCUUGGCCAGAAAAAAAAAAUCGUUUUAUAACCGAAACAAAAAAGAAAUAUUUUCUCAUUUACCUAAACUCCCAACUCUAAGCCUCCCACGAGAAACUUUAUCAUCUCUACGUAAUCAAAACCUGAGCGGCUGUGGGUGUCAGAAAUAUUACGUCACCGAAAUUUGGGAGGGGGGGCGACGACUCUGUUGCUUUAAUCUGUAUAUAAUUGCAAAAAUGACACUAGGUAUAAAUAAACGGAGCCAAUAGUGCCCUGGCGUUUCUGGAGAGACGAUUUCGCGCUUCAGGCUGACACAGCCUUGGGAGCGCCUGUUUAAAAACCGGGCUCAUUACCAUAGGAGAGAGCGGAGCUGCUGGUGAACCGGGUUAUGUUAUAUUUAAUUGUUGGUGAAGUCCUUUAUUCCGGGUUGGCAGGACGGGUUGCCUCCCAGCCGGGGCCGGGCAGCAGCCAAUCUAGCACGGAAGUUAAAUGUGAUUUAGGACGCGAGGUACCCCGAAUUAGUUGAUGAAUUUUCUAUCGAUCCCAAACACGCCCUAUUUAUCUCUGCCACUGCCCCCACUCCAACGCUUCAGAUCACCUACAUUAAGAACGAAAUUUAAACAGCAGCCAGAGGGAUCUCAAUGCAUCAUCUGCCAGUGCAUUCAUUUUGAUCCGGGGCUGAGCCUCAAAUGACUGAAAAUAAUCUCUCUCUCUCCCUCUCUCUCUCUCUUUCUUGCACACCCCACUAAGCCAAGUCACACCUACUGAAGCGAGUGGGUUGUGCGGUUUCUAAAAGUGGUGAGGUUGUGGGGCUUAGAUUUUUUUUUGUUGGGGGGGGUGGGUUGCUGCUUAUCUGGGUAAGUAGCUCGGUGCCAAGGCACAACAUUUCACCCGGGCUGCAGAUAUGUAGAUAUCGGUGGUUAGCAAAAUAAAUAAAUAAAUAAAUAAAUAAAAAGAAGAAGAAGGAAAGAAAGCAAGGACCCCAAACCCUCCUCUCUGAAGAUCCUACCGGAGUAAGAAAGCCCCAGCCGGAGCAUAUUUCCUUAUCCGGGAAACGCAUGGAUCCUCGCUAUUGGCCAUUGGUGUCACAUGGACUCCUAACUUUGUUCACUUGACAGUAAGUAGGAGGGUUUUACGAAACAGGAAAACGAGUAAAGGGGGACAGGAAUAAAUUUUAGUAUAUUUUUUUUUCGGGUGUGCAAUUCCAAGAAAUUAAUGGCCAUGAGUUCCUUUCUGAUCAACUCCAACUAUGUGGAUCCCAAGUUCCCACCCUGCGAAGAAUAUUCUCAGAACGAUUACCUUCCCAAUCACUCUCCGGAAUAUUACAGCAGCCAGAGGCGAGAGACCACUUUCCAACAUGAGGCGAUGUACCAGCAGCGGUCAGCCUGCAACGAACAGCCCUACUCAUCUUGUCAGGGCUCCGGCCACCAACCAGCGGUGCUAUCCCCCAGGGGUCAUGUUCAUCCUCCUGCCGGACUCCAGAGCCAUCUCUCAGAGCCAAACCAUCACUGUGAGUCGGUCACUCCCAGCCCACCACCCUCCUGUAGUCAAAACUCUAUGAACCAAAGCCCUUCUAAUUCCUCUUGCAAAGAGCCAGUAGUUUAUCCCUGGAUGAAAAAAGUCCAUGUAAGCACGGUAAACCCCAAUUACACAGGAGGGGAACCGAAGCGUUCGCGGACAGCCUACACCAGGCAGCAAGUCCUGGAGCUGGAGAAGGAAUUCCACUAUAAUCGCUAUCUCACCCGGAGGCGCAGAGUGGAGAUCGCCCAUUCCCUGUGCCUGUCCGAGCGCCAGAUCAAAAUAUGGUUCCAGAACAGGAGGAUGAAAUGGAAAAAAGAUCACAAGUUACCAAAUACCAAGAUCAGGUCUAAUUCUUCCAACUCCUCUGCAAGCCUGCAGAUCCAAGGAGGUUCUCAGAACCGAUCCAGUGGACCAGCCACCAGCCUAUAACUGUUCCGCGUGUGUGUGUGCAAGAGAGGGAGA